AUCUAUAAGUAAUUAUCUACAAUAUUUUUUUGUUUCUUUGUAUUUAAUUUAAAAUGAAGACUGAAAUGUGUCGCUGCACUAUGAUUGUUUGGGAAUCGUUCCCCAUUUCUCCCACGCUCAGUAAACGCAGCACUGAUAACUAGCAGGCGGCGUAUACGGGAACUCGCGCUUAUCUCGCCGUCCAAUAGGAAGCGCCGCUUAAACCCACAGACAGCGCCGUGCGCGGCUCCAUAUUGCGUCCGACUCUUCGGAGCAGCACACCGCCCGGGUGGUCUACCUGCUCGUAUUAUCUAACACACGGCAGAGAAGCUCAGUUUUUGACCAGGCAUGAGGGCCAGCAGCCGGCAAACAGCCCCGUCACCAACGAAGCUGCCCCGGCACUCUGCUUCACUGAGCGGCGUCAUUACCGCAGCGAACGCUGUUAUUAACAGGACUCAGAAAUUGGGUUAACCACGCACCUGAGGAGCGGCUGGAAAAGUGGCAUGCAGAGUGGGGAAGGAACGCUUGAACUAAGAUAACGCGGGCAUAAUGUUUACACUCACUGAGGUUGCAUCCCUGAACGACAUCCAGCCGACCUACCGCAUCUUAAAGCCAUGGUGGGACGUCUUUAUGGACUACCUGGGCUUGGUCAUGCUCAUGCUGGCCAUAUUUGCAAUGACCAUGCAGAUCACCAGGGACCAUGUUGCUUGCCUUCCCUAUCCCGAAGAAAUCGCCGAGGCGUCAGAAACCGGAGAUAACCUGUGCCCCACCCAGAAAGCGUCCUCACCAACAUCCACUGGAGCCCCUGUUAAAACUACCAUCCCUUCAGCCCCUACGGAGCGGUCUAACAAAGCAAUCACCGGUAUUCUCACAACACGUCAGCCUACAGUGGCAGCACAGAAAAGUGUCCCUCAACCUGAACCGAGAGGAGUCAAAACCAACCUGGACUUUCAACAAUAUGUCUUUAUCAACCAAAUGUGUUACCAUGUUGCCUUGCCCUGGUAUUCCAAGUACUUCCCCUACCUUACGCUUAUCCACACCAUCAUUCUCAUGGUCAGUAGCAAUUUCUGGUUCAAAUACCCCAAAACAAGUUCAAAGAUCGAGCAUUUUGUAUCCAUUUUGGGACGGUGUUUCGAGUCUCCUUGGACAACCAAAGCCUUGUCUGAAACGGCUUGUGAGGACUCAGAAGAGAACAAACAGAGGCUGACGGGCAGCUCGUCGGGAACAAAACAGGUGUCUUUAGAGGGGAAGGAUGAAGGCUCUGAUGCCAACCAAUCUACGCCGAUGCUUGGGGUCAAAUUUUCUGCAGAUAAGCCCAUCGCAGAAGUCCCAAGCAGCAUGACAAUCCUGGAUAAAAAGGAUGGAGAGCAGGCCAAAGCGUUGUUUGAGAAGGUGAGAAAGUUCCGAGCCCACGUGGAGGACAGUGACUUUAUUUACAAGUUCUAUGUAGCGCAAACCUCUGUCAAAACUGUAAAGUUUAUUCUGAUUUUGUCCUACACUUCCAUCUUCUUGAAUGAAAUAAAGUUUAAGCAUUGCUGUGAACCAGAUAUAGAACAGCUAACAGGCUAUAAACGAUUCUACUGUACGCACAACAUGGCUUUCAUGCUGAAGAAGCUGCACAUUACCUACACGGCGUUGAUCUUGAUCUACGGGAUAACAUGCCUUUACUCUCUGUUCUGGGUGUUCCGACGGCCCCUCAAAGAGUAUUCCUUUGAGAAGGUAAGGGAAGAGAGCAGCUUCAGCGACAUUCCAGAUGUCAAAAACGACUUUGCAUUCCUCUUACACAUGGUCGACCAGUACGAUCAGCUUUAUUCCAAGCGCUUUGGCAUCUUCUUAUCCGAGGUCAGUGAAAACAAGCUGAGGGAGAUCAGCCUCAAUCACGAGUGGACCUUUGAAAAACUAAAGCAGCACGUCACGCGCAACGCACAUGACCAGCAGGAGCUGCACCUCUUCAUGCUGUCUGGUCUCCCAAACGCCGUGUUCGACCUGACGGACUUGGAAGUGCUGAAACUGGAGCUGAUUCCUGAGGUGAGGUUUUCUGCUAAGGUUUCCCAAAUGACCAGCAUGCAGGAGCUGCAUCUUUGCCACUGCCCAGCCAAGGUAGAGCAGACGGGCUUUGCUUUCCUGCGGGAUCACCUGCGCCGCCUGCACGUUAAAUUCACAGACGUCGCAGAGAUCCCGCCUUGGGUCUAUUUGCUGCGGAGUCUGAGGGAGCUUCACCUGAUGGGGAACUUGAACUCGGAAAACAACAAAAUGAUCGGUCUGGAGUCUAUGAGAGAUCUGAGGCAUUUGAAGACGUUGUGCCUGAAGAGCAACCUGACAAAAAUUCCCACAAACAUCACAGAGCUCUCCCCACAUCUUCUUCGAUUAGUGGUGCACAACGACGGGACGAAGCUGCUGGUACUAAACAGCCUGAAAAAAAUGACUAGCCUCAUCGAGCUAGAGCUGCACAACUGCGAACUGGAAAGGAUCCCUCACGCCAUCUUCAGCCUGACCAACUUGCAGGAACUUGAUCUGAAGUCGAACAACAUCCGAACCAUAGAAGAGAUCAUCAGCUUCCAGCACCUCAAGAGGCUGACAUGCCUAAAACUGUGGCACAACAAAAUCACCACAAUCCCAUCAUCCAUCGGCCAUGUCAAGUCUCUGGAGUCUCUCCACCUUUCUCACAAUAAACUGGAGACCCUUCCUUCAACCCUGUUCACCCUUCAGAAACUGCGACACUUGGAUGUGAGCCAUAACGCCAUCACAGUGCUUCCGCCAGACGUGGGUCUCCUCAACAACCUCCAGCAUCUAGCUAUUAACUCGAACAAGCUGGAAGCCCUGCCCAAACCGCUCUUCAGAUGCACCAAGCUGAAGGUGCUCUGUCUCGCCCACAACGCACUCAUCACUCUGCCGGAGGCCGUGGGUCAGCUGGUGCAGCUCACGCAGCUGGAGCUGAGGGGAAACUGCCUGGACAGACUGCCCGCCCAGUUGGGGAACUGCCGGCUGCUGCGUAAAAACGCCCUUAUCGUGGAAGACCAUCUUUUCGACACCCUGCCUGUGGAAGUUAAAGAGAGUAUCAGCAGAGAAACAAAUGUUUCCUUUAGUGGCUUAUAGAACAGCCCCUCUCUGAAAGACACUGAGAUGAAAAAAAAUAUAAUUAUUUACAAAAAUGAAUGCAUUUACUUGAUCAUGGUAGAGAAUAUUGGUUGCUAACAUUAAUAUAGCUUUAAACAUGUAUUGUUUUUUUUUUUUGUUGUUGUUGGUUAGUGCAGUGACUUGCAAAAGUAUUCUUCUCAAAUGUUUUUUUUUUUUUUUUUUUUUUUUUUUUUUACCUUAAGUUUUUUAAAGAUUUUAUGUGAUGGACCAAAACAAAAUGCUACACCACCGUUUAUACGUUUUUCUCAGAUGGAAAUCUUAGAAAUUGGCAUGCCAAUGAUGUAUUCUGUCCACACGGAAUUAAUUUUUGUUUGUCCUUUACAAAAAAGCUCAAGUUUAGUCAGCUUAGAUAAGGAAUGUCCAAGUAGAUUCUUAUCAUGUUUACAAUCUUGCUAUGUUUAGGAUCAUUGUCCUCCUGGAAGUUGAACCUCCACCCUAGUAUGAAGUAUUUGCAGUCUCUAGCAGGCUCUCCUCCAGGACUAUGCCGUAUUUAGCUCCACCAAUCUACCCACGAUCUCUAAACAGCAUUCCUGUCCCUGCUGAAGAAAACAUCCCCACAGAAUGAUGCUGCCUCUGCCAUGUUUCACAAAGGAAAUGUGCGUAUAGGGUGAUGCACAGUUUUUUGUAUACAAAGAUAAAAUUUAAAUUUCUGUUUUAUCUGAUCAGAUUAUCUUCUUCUCUUUGCUUGUUGUAUCCCAUGCAUGACCUGUAGCCAGGGAUGCCGUCUAGUGAAGGCCCCUGAUUGACAACGGGCCCCUGUCAAUCAGGGCCCUUGUCAAUCAGGGGCGCUUGGAAUUGUCCUAACUUUCCCCCCAUACGCCGCCCCUGCUUGUAGCCAAUCCCAAAUUAUAACAUCCUUUUGUUUGUUUUUUUCCAAAGAUGUAGUUCUUCUUGCUAUAUUUCCCUUAAGGCCAGAUAUGUGGCUGUUGCUAUGGCUCUUCUUGCUUGGCCUGUCUGUUUAGGAUGACCGCCAUGUCUUGGUAGGCUUGCAAUGGUAUUAUAUUAUUUUCCGAUAAUGGAUUGAACAGAGUUCUGUGAGAUCUUCAAAGCUUGGGAUGUUAUUUUAGGACCUAACUCUGCUUUAAACUUCUCCACAGCUUUCUCCCUGACAUGUCUGUGUUGCUUGGUCUUCAUGAUGCUGGUUGUUCUCUAAAGUUCUCUGAGGCCUCCAAGGAACAGCUGCACGCAUGCUAAGAUCAAAUUACACACAGAUGAACCUUUUUUUCCUUUUCUUUUUUGUUAAUUUGGUGACAUCAGAAAGCAGUUGGUUACAUUAGAUUUAAGUGUCAGAGUAAAAGGGCCUAUAUACUAAUGCAUGCCACAGAAUAGUGAUUUGUGUCUAUUUCUAUAGAUAGAUUUAAGAGCUUGGACGUUCUAAGGUCACUGGAUGCAGUUAGAACCCUACAACCAUAAAUACUGCACCUAAACGUACCUGUUAUCAGAUGGGUUACAUUAACUAGUGUAACUCUACACUAGAGCACUCAAAACCUGCUUUUAGCUAAAUGUUUUUUUUUUUUUAUAUAUGGUACAUUUAUUAAUGCUCCCAUGGAAUCAAGAGUGGAAAAAAAUAGUAAAAGUUACAAACCCAAUCGCACAGUUAGUUUUUCAUGUUUCAAAACUUCAACUAGGUUUUAUCAUCAUGAUAAGGCAAUUGUUUUCAUGAUAAAAUGAAAAGUAUAAUUUCCCUUCCCUACCAUGUCAUAUUUUUUGCACUUUGUGUUGGUCUAUGACAUAAAAUCCUGAUGAACUACACCGAAGCUGGUGGUGGUAACGUGAUAAAAUGUCUAGCAGUUCAAAGGGUGUGAAUAGUUUUGCAAGGUGCUGUAUAUAUCUCAUUGAAUAUUUUUUUUAAAUUGUAGAUCGCUUUUAGUCAUUGGAAAAAACAAAUGUAACUUUAUGUUCUCUUUUUACCAAAACUUUGUUCCAGUGAUAAAGGUAGAUUUCUUUUUAUCCGUCUUUAAUCUCUUAUUAGUCUUUUUAGAUACUCAGGUAUAAUUGUAACCACGGGAAACAGUCAUUUUGCCUUAACUGCUGCUAUGUUUUUGUUUUUGUUUUCCUUCAACAAAUGACCAAAAAUUAAACGGAAUGUUUUGUCUGUCUUUUCCUUAGCCGGCUUUCAUAGAGCAUUUUUUUCUUAUAGAAGCAAAAGCACAGCACUCCUUUCUUGGAGGUUUCUAACAACCUUGCUAUAUUUUCUUCAUGUGUGAUCCUGUAGCUAUCAAAAGGACCUUAGAGUUGUAAAACUCAGCACCAGACAUAUACCUUUACCUCACUGUUGUCGAGAUUGUACACUAAGGCCUGUUUCAUUUGUACCUAAAAGCAUUAUGAUGUAAAAAAAAAAAAAAAAAUUGUGGAUGUUGCUUAUCGAUGGCCUGUGUGGAGACAGCUGAUAAAAGGGAAUGUGUCGGCUAUAACCUUUUAAGUCAUGUUUUAAUAUUUUUGACACGUGAUUGAGAGUGAUCAGCAGCUCAGUCACCUACUGAUGAUGUCUGCCUUCAUUCUUUAAGUGUACCUCUUUGUAACCCUUUAAGUGUUCUUCAGAGCUCAUGUAUCACUUUAGUCAUCUCAUGUUCCAAGUUUGCAAUUUUAUUGGGCAAUAAAAAAAAUCUAGAUCACUG